UGCCCCCUCCCCCUCCCCAGUGUCGCGAGUUGGCGCCGCUGCCAUCCCCCGGUUCGCGCUCUCGGCCAGUCGGCCGGGCGGUACCGAACCCUCCCGGCACUCCCCUCCUCUCCUCCCUCCGGCCCUCUGGCCUGCCUUUCCCCGCGGCACUGCCACCCCCCCACCUUCGCCCCAGCCCUCUUCUCUCCCCGCCGAGCCGCGGCGGCAGCAGCAGCAGCAGCAGUCAGAGGAGAAGCCGGAGGCGGCGGUGGCCGGGGAGCCCAUGGCGUACAGUCAGGGAGGCGGCAAGAAGAAAGUCUGUUACUACUACGAUGGUGAUAUUGGAAAUUAUUAUUACGGACAGGGUCAUCCCAUGAAACCUCAUAGGAUCCGCAUGACCCAUAACUUGCUGCUAAAUUAUGGCUUGUAUAGAAAAAUGGAAAUAUAUAGGCCCCAUAAAGCCACUGCUGAAGAAAUGACAAAAUACCACAGCGAUGAGUACAUCAAAUUUCUACGUUCAAUAAGACCGGAUAACAUGUCCGAGUAUAGUAAGCAAAUGCAGAGAUUUAAUGUUGGAGAGGAUUGUCCAGUGUUUGAUGGGCUCUUUGAGUUUUGUCAGCUUUCAACUGGUGGUUCAGUUGCUGGGGCUGUGAAGUUAAACCGACAACAAACUGAUAUGGCUGUUAACUGGGCUGGAGGAUUACAUCAUGCUAAGAAAUCAGAAGCAUCAGGAUUCUGUUAUGUUAAUGAUAUUGUGCUUGCCAUCCUUGAAUUACUAAAAUAUCAUCAGAGAGUCUUGUAUAUUGAUAUUGAUAUCCAUCAUGGUGAUGGUGUUGAAGAAGCUUUUUAUACAACAGAUCGUGUAAUGACUGUAUCAUUCCAUAAAUAUGGGGAAUACUUUCCUGGAACGGGAGACUUGAGGGAUAUUGGUGCAGGAAAAGGCAAAUACUAUGCUGUCAAUUUUCCAAUGAGAGAUGGUAUAGACGAUGAAUCAUAUGGGCAGAUAUUUAAGCCUAUUAUCUCAAAAGUGAUGGAGAUGUAUCAACCUAGUGCUGUGGUGCUACAGUGUGGUGCAGACUCACUAUCCGGUGAUAGACUUGGUUGCUUCAAUUUGACAGUCAAAGGUCAUGCUAAAUGUGUAGAAGUUGUAAAAACUUUCAAUUUACCAUUACUGAUGCUUGGGGGAGGUGGAUACACAAUCCGCAAUGUUGCUCGAUGUUGGACAUAUGAGACUGCUGUUGCCCUUGAUUGUGAGAUUCCCAAUGAAUUGCCAUAUAAUGAUUACUUUGAGUAUUUUGGACCAGACUUCAAACUGCAUAUUAGUCCUUCAAACAUGACAAACCAGAACACUCCAGAAUAUAUGGAAAAGAUAAAACAGCGUUUAUUUGAAAAUUUACGCAUGUUACCACAUGCACCUGGCGUCCAAAUGCAAGCUAUUCCAGAAGAUGCAGUUCAUGAAGACAGUGGAGAUGAAGAUGGAGAAGAUCCAGACAAGAGAAUUUCUAUUCGAGCAUCAGACAAACGGAUAGCUUGUGAUGAAGAAUUCUCAGAUUCUGAGGAUGAAGGAGAGGGAGGUCGUAGAAAUGUGGCUGAUCAUAAGAAAGGAGCAAAGAAAGCUAGAAUUGAAGAAGACAAGAAGGAAACGGAGGACAAAAAAACAGAUGUUAAAGAAGAAGAUAAAUCCAAGGACAAUAGUGGUGAAAAAACAGAUACCAAAGGAGCCAAAUCAGAACAGCUCAGCAAUCCUUGAAUUUGAGAGUCUCAUCACUUUCAGUGAGAAAAUAUUGGGAAGAAAAAUGUUUUCUUUUUGAAGACUUUCUGGCUUCAUUUUAUACUACUUUGGCAUGGACUGUAUUUAUUUUCAAAAUGGCUUUUUUUGGUUUUGUUUUUCUUGGCAAGUUUUAUUGUGAGUUUUCUAAUUAUGAAGCAAAAUUUCUUUUCUCCACCAUGCUUUAUGUGAUAGUAUUUAAAACUCAUGUGUUAUUAUGUCAAAAAACUGCUCUAUUAAAGAAGUAAUUGGCCGUUCUGAGCUGAUUUUUCCAUCUUUUGUAAUUAUCUUUAUUAAAAAAUUGUACUUGGAUUGUC